UUGGGCUGUCAGUAAUUUGUUAAUUAUUUUACAAAAUUCAAGACUGAAAUGCGCGAGAUUGUUCACAUUCAGGCGGGCCAGUGCGGCAACCAAAUAGGGGGAAAGUUUUGGGAGGUAAUAUCUGACGAGCACUGUAUAGAUGCCACCGGCACGUACUACGGCGACAGUGAUUUGCAAUUAGAGCGAAUAAAUGUGUACUACAACGAGGCGACAGGAGCGAAGUAUGUACCACGCGCCAUUCUUGUCGACCUGGAGCCCGGCACCAUGGAUUCGGUGCGCUCCGGGGCUUUUGGUCAAAUCUUCCGGCCCGACAACUUUGUCUUUGGGCAGUCGGGGGCGGGAAACAACUGGGCCAAGGGACACUACACGGAAGGAGCCGAGCUGGUGGACUCUGUGCUGGAUGUGGUGCGAAAGGAGUCGGAGGGCUGUGAUUGUCUGCAGGGCUUCCAGCUGACUCACUCGCUCGGCGGAGGCACCGGCUCGGGCAUGGGCACCCUGCUGAUCUCCAAGAUCCGCGAGGAGUACCCCGACCGAAUCAUGAACACCUUCUCGGUGGUGCCAUCGCCCAAAGUGUCGGACACGGUGGUGGAGCCCUACAAUGCCACCUUGAGUGUGCAUCAGCUGGUGGAGAACACCGAUGAGACGUACUGCAUCGACAACGAGGCGCUGUACGACAUCUGCUUUCGCACCUUGAAGCUGACCACGCCCACCUACGGAGAUCUGAAUCACUUGGUGUCGGCAACCAUGUCCGGGGUGACCACCUGCCUGCGCUUCCCGGGCCAGUUGAAUGCCGAUCUGCGCAAGCUGGCCGUGAACAUGGUGCCCUUCCCCCGGCUGCACUUCUUCAUGCCGGGCUUUGCGCCGCUGACAUCCCGCGGAUCCCAGCAGUACCGUGCCCUCACCGUGCCAGAGCUGACGCAGCAGAUGUUCGACGCCAAGAACAUGAUGGCUGCCUGCGAUCCGCGUCACGGUCGCUACCUGACAGUGGCCGCCAUCUUCCGCGGGCGCAUGUCCAUGAAGGAGGUGGACGAGCAGAUGCUGAACAUCCAGAACAAGAACAGCAGCUUCUUCGUCGAGUGGAUACCCAACAACUGCAAGACGGCCGUGUGCGAUAUACCGCCUCGCGGUCUCAAAAUGUCGGCCACAUUCAUUGGCAACUCAACGGCCAUCCAGGAGCUGUUCAAGCGCGUCUCCGAGCAGUUUACGGCGAUGUUCCGGCGCAAGGCCUUCUUGCAUUGGUACACUGGCGAGGGCAUGGACGAGAUGGAGUUCACCGAGGCGGAGAGCAACAUGAACGAUCUGGUGUCGGAGUAUCAGCAGUACCAGGAGGCCACUGCCGACGAAGAGGGCGAGUUCGACGAGGACGAGGAGGGUGGCGGCGAUGAGUAGUCGGCCUCAAUAGCACACCUUACACCCACCGCCACCAAUCACACACCUUACACCCACCGCCAAC